CUCCUAGUCGCCUGCGUGGCCUCCGCUCGUCUCAUCGCCUGCCUUCUCUGAAGUGCUCUCCGGUCCCCAAUUCAUGCGCUCUGCCGCACGCAGACACACACGUACACAUCGACCACUGGUCAGUCGUGAUAUGGUGCUUAAGUGGGCCUACUGUCGAGUGAGUCUAGAUUCUCUUGUAUCUGACUCAGCAGGUCCGGCCGCUUCUGGAAGCGUGUGUUGUCCGGCCCACUUGCCGUCUGUUUCGACGGCUUAGCAAUCACAGUCUGGCGCCUGCAUAUAACACACGCAGACAGAGAUACAGAGUAAGGACAAAUCGCAUACGGGCAAUUUAUAUUGCCACCUCACCUUUUGAGGGCCUUCUUGCCGUCGUCGGUGUCCUUGCCGGCCAGAUCCUCAGUCGACAUCUGUCUGGACUGGCUGGUGAACCUCUCACGCUCGUUUUCGAUGGACUUGAAAGCGGCGGUCGUCAGGCGCCUGCGGGCUUCUCGAUGUGCAUCCGCUUUGCGAAAUCCUUCGAAGGCUCCGCCGCCGGCAUCGACGCGGCUGGCGGCGGGCACUCCUUCACGGACCCGCUUCUUGUUGAGGUGUGCUUCGAUUGCAUCCCUGCACCCCUCAACGACCUUAACACGGACCUGCAUUGCAGGGAUGGACACAGGGAUGGACAGAGCAUCUCUCCCAUUCCGGGGCGCCCGUGUGUGUGUCUGCAGUGCACCGUUUGCGGGUCGAUGUUGAGCUGCUUGGCGACACUUGCCAGGUAGUCCAGAAACACCUUGUACGUCAGCCCGCCAGCGCCCCGGUCUCUGUGGUAAUCGAACAGCCGCAGCAGAUCGCUCUUGUCGCACCAUCGGCUAUCAUACAGACCCGAAUCUCGCACCUGCAACGCACAAGAGAGAGAGAGAGCGGGCGACAAGCCAUAUCCCACGCACAAGACCCCCUCACCAUCUUCAACAGCCCUGCAAAAUGGAUGAGCGAAUCAGCCUCUGCGUGCCCGUCAUACGCCAAACGCAGCCUCUUGUCGACCACCGCUUCACUCAGGGGGGCUGGCGCUUCUCUGGCGGCCGACUCAGGCCGGGGAGGGCCAGGGCCCGUCGGGGCACUGGCUGGGGCGCUGACCGGCGGGGUGGGCCUGGUAGUGUGCGCACGAGCCCUGUCAAAGUCAUCAAGCACCGUGUCGAUGGAGUGGAUGAACCGUUCUAUGAGGCUCGGAUCGUCGCUGAAGUGAUUUCUCAACGUGUUCACGACAUCACUGGCCACAGACCACAAGGCAGGGGAAUCCAAUGAGGCAUGCCCAUGCCCUUCAUCGUCUCCAGGACCUGCCUGCUUCUCCUGCCUCUCCCCCACCUCACUUGGCGAUGGCGACUGAGGUCACUUUUGGCGGCAGACCGCCGUUGCUUGGGUCGACUUUGCCGCUUGAGAAGUCUUCAGGACGCUCCAGAAAGGCUGAACACGAACAACGAGGAAGGGAAUCAUCAGGAUGGCUUUCUGACUGACCGGCACUCUUGUCGACGUCCGUAACUCACUUUCAGAUAGGGAGCGAAAGUCAAAGGGGGUAGAGUCCCGGCGAUGGCCAGGGGUGCCGCUGGCCUUUUCUCCUCGGUCUUCCUCUGUCAUCUUUCCUUCAUCCAACCCAGAAUUUGAAGCGCGCAU